AUGGCUCCAAGAAGCAGCGCAAGGUUGAGAGCGAAAACAACCGGAGACCAUGACCAGAGCGUUCACAAGCAGGCUUCCCAGGAGGGACGAGGACACAGGAUCGCGAAACCCACUGCCCGCUACACCAGCUACAAGAAUUCCCUGAGCAGUUCGCGUAAGACAGAGACCAGCAGUACCCUCGCUGACACCGUCGACAGCUUCAUGAUCAGAUUGUAUGCCGAGAUUCUCGCUGCUGCCGUGGGUUUCAUUGGCGACAAGGAACGUUCUGAAAUUCGUGUCUUGAUCCGCAAGGCAAGGACUUUACGAUUCUUCGACCUUUAUGCGAAGCAGGAUGCUGACAACCUCAAAAACAUUCUCAAGAAUUCUCGACCUUCCGACGUACAAGGGAAGAAGGUGGUUCGACGUGCCAUUAACGACCUCCAGGUGAGCCAUCCCGAGCGCCUGGUCGGUUUUUGCAAAAGUCCAAAUGUUGUCCUGUUGAGCGUUUGUGCCCAUUCGCAAGCAUUCCGAGCCGCUAUUUCCCGUGAUAAUGCUGAUAGCAAGGCUGAGAAGCAACCGAGAUGGGAUGACAUCCUCUCGAAAAUCAAGAAAUGUGCGUCUAGCCUGGAGCUAUUCGCGAAAACAAGGGGACUAGAGUGGAGGAAAGAACUUGACGCAAUCAACAUUGACUGGGAUAGUCUCCUGGCUUCCUGCUUCCAGGGAAAUCAACAUACCAGCGGCAUUGACCAUGACAACUUCGGCAUCGGGCCCAAAGAUCUGGAUGAAGUUCAUCAUCCUACGGACGAGAUACCCCAUCAUUGGGUUCUUCCACGACGCAAAGAGAACGCCAAACGAGGCCAAUUCGAGUACCACUUCAACGAAGGUCUCUCCGAGCAGAAAUUUUACGGGAACAAAGUCCCAGGCAAGCUCAACGGACGCCGGAAACCCAGGGUUGGCGACCGUCAAAUUGCGGAGCAGGUCAAUGUGGACCAAUCGAUGGUGCUGGACACCUACGACUGGUCGUAUUUGCCGAUUCUAGCACAAGGGGACCCACGCUUUGCUGGGUACAAACGUCGUCUCUGCGACGCUUGCGGGAAAGAAGAUGCCUGUUCAUGUACGUUGACCGACCUCUGCCGGGAAAAGGGCGGCCAUGCCAAUCCACUGCUCGAGCUGAUUGCCACCGUGAAAACCGGUGUGGGAGUCAGGGCUCUCCAGGAGUUCAAGAAGAAGGACUUUUUGGGCGAAUACAUUGGAGAAAUAUAUCCUUUGCAGGUGCCAGGCCGAUAUGGCACCAAGGAGGGGGAAAUGUACGUCUUUCCUCGACCUGUCUAUCAAGAAGGUGAUUUGGAGCCCAGACGGAGGAGGGGCAAGGGCAACAACAAGGAAGAGAAAACCCAUUUCAUUAUCGACCCGGCAAUCUAUGGCAAUUGGACGCGGUACAUCAAUCACAGUUGCGAGCCGAAUGCCCACUACGAGGCGGUCAAAUUGGGCCAGAGACAGGCCAUAGUCAUCCAGACGCGUCGAGAUAUUGGAUUUGGGGAGGAGUUGACAGUUGAUUAUGGGGGCAAUUACUUCGAGCAGAUGAAGAUAAACUGCAUAUGUGGCUCUGAGCGUUGUCUGUAUAGAAAGAAGAAAUAGUAGUUGUGGUGGUUCAAUGAAAGAU